GCGUGUGUUUCUAGCAUAUAGCCUGAGCAGAUGGUCGUGUGAGAGUGUGAAGCCAGCAUAGCUUUGUGGAGUAUACAGUGAACUUACUGACGAGAAUAUUACAUUUACACAGUGGAUUCUGGACAAGACGUCACAAAGUUUGCAUUUUUCUUAUCUUCUGAGCAUCUCCUGUUGCCUAACCCACCUGCCAUAUUGAUAAAUAAGGAUUACCAGUGAUCAUGGAGUAACAAAGUGAAAAGUCAAUGUUGAACCAUCAUUCGAUGGAUGAACUAUGUCUCAGAACAAAGUCGGUGAAUAUCUGAGUGACUUAGAGGGCAACAAGUUCACGGAAAAUGCCCCCAGACCUCCAGUACCCGGGGAAGAGAAUGAGCUUCAAUCGACUCACAGUAGUGGCUCUCAUAAAAGUCACAUGUCUAUGAAGAGUCACUCCUCCGGGAAAAGCGGAGGAUCACUGAAUGGCGAAGUUGGUCACUCUCCGGCUGCCACACCGAGGCGCUCCAACCUGGACAAGUCGUGUACAGGGGGAUCUCUUAGCUGCUCUGUACAGGGUCUGGACAAGUGUGAUGAUGAGAAUGCCCCCUUAGGAUUUGAACCUGAGGGAAGUGCGGCAAACUCGCCGCCCUUCACGGAAAACAGCACCCCACCCUGUUUGAAAUGGGCGACCAGUUUACACCACCUCUUGGAGGAUAGCGAUGGAGUGCAGUUAUAUAGUAAGUUCCUGGAGAAUGAAGCAGGUGGAAAGCAUACGUUGGACUUCUGGUAUGCCUGUCAAGGGCUCAAGAAACAACCUCCAAGUGAAACCGUGAAAAUAAACUAUAUUAUUAAAGUGAUCAAUAAAAAGUAUAUUAGAGGUGAAUCCCUUUCAUGCAUUUCAGCUCGGACUCGAAAGUCUAUAUCCGACCAAAUAGAUGGUAAGAAUUUGCUGCAGUCUAUAUUUGACGAGGCGCAGAGAGAGGUGGAGGAGUACAUGAGGAACAAUUCUUACCGUCUUUUUCUCAAUUCGGAUUUUUAUGUGCAAUAUGUAGAACGAGCCAGCAAAAGCCCCAAGAGCAGUGAGACCUCCAGUGGCUCGAACAGUGUUCGUCCUGUUUCUGGACCUUUACCCACAUUGCUAGAAGACCAAGAGUUAUCAGCUCAAAGUUUCGACGCAUCGUCUUUGAUGGGACCCCCAUCAAGUCGUUAUACCUCCUUCACACAGCCAGAAAGUAAAGGAUCAAGGCGUCCGGAGACAAUAUCUGGGUAUAACCCGUACACAAGUUUUCGCCAGCCACAGUCUCAGCCCUACUACACCUCCUACGCCACAGUGUCCGCUGUGGACAGCGAAAUCCAGAGCCUGUCCAGCGAUGCUCUCACAGAUGAUACCAUGUCCCUCACAGACAGCAGUGUGGAUGGCUUUCCUACGUACAAAAAGCAUUGGAAACAAAGACGAGCAGUAAGCCGGCGAGCCCAACAGAAUAAGGAAGGGAAAGAUGCCCCAUUAGUCAUACCUAGGACAGACCGUCCACCAAAAGAUAGAAACAUUGCUGAAACUGAUCCUCAGAAAUUCGCCUCUCUUCUUAUUGAGAGGUUACAUAUUGUGCUAAAAGAGAGGGAAAAGGAAGAAAAAAUGGCUGAGUCUCUUCGAAUGUGUGAGAUUGAAGAUGGUGAUAAGGAGGAAUUCAUGAAGGCAUCCAAUUCAUUGUUAUUGAUACAGUCAAUAGAAGAGGAUAAUGCACAAUCAAUAUUAGAAGAACAUUGUUCCCGAAUUUGGGACAAUUCAUCCCAUCACACACCUAGUCGGUCACCUGGUCGGCAUUCACCCAAAUCAAAAUCUCCUGACAGGACAUUACGCAAAAUGCCGGCGUCGGCAAAUACUACCUUCCCAGGAACACUAACAAAAUCUCGCAAAGCCAAAAAGGACAAUUGUAUUUCCAUGUUGUCGUCGGACAGCGGUGUUGGUGAUGAAAAACGUGUGCAUACAAUACAUCAUCACCACCAUCAUCAUCACGGAACUCAGGGCCACGGCCGUGCCACCUUGGAAUGGGUAGCCCAGAACAAGACAAUGGCACAUUGGCGUGGGGAUCAAACUGGGCGGCCACACGGAGACUUCUUACAGGGUACAAAGACAUCAAGUAGUGGUGCAGGCAGUAUAGGACCAACAGGGGAGUUGAAUGACAGGAGGAAAGAUGGAGGAAGGCGCUCAAAUAGUCGCAAAACUUCAACGGAUGCUAGUAGUGUUUUUGACAGUGGCAUUAGUGGUGUGUACGAAAAGGAACCUUUAUUACCAACUCCAAACCCAUCGGAUCCCAAUUACGAAAAGGUUAUGGGUUGGAUGCUGGCAAGUGAUAAUGUAACAGCGCCCGGUGGUAACCUUGCUGACUCUGACCGUAGCUCCUCUCACAAGUGGUCGCAUAAAGCAGCUUCAUCAUCCCCAUCCCCUCAGCCUCACAAAGGAGGAUCAUCGAAGAAGCAGCAAAGCCUGAACUCAAGCAAUCGUUCUGCCUCAGCAGAGAGGAGCGGGGCUGUUCCACCCCGAAUACCUCACGGAGGAGUUCAGCCGAACCAGCCAAUCAUACAGGAUCCGUCCAUGCCACUGCUGACACCGCCCAACACGAUGACGCAGUUAGAGGAGGCCAAGAGACGCCUGGAAAGCGAGGCGAGGGCUCUGCCUGUCAAAUCAAAGUCUUUCGCUGGUGUUUCGGCACGUGAUAAGAGAAAUCCCCCUCCAUCUCAGAGCACCUCGCAGAUUCGAAGUUCUCCAUUUACAAGGGUUGUGCCCAGUGGUCUUGACCUUCAGUCAGGAAACGUUACACUCCCCACACUUUCGUCCUCAGAGAAGAGGUCUGCUAAAAAGUCAAGUACGCCAGUGCUAGCUAACAGCUCUGCCCUGGCCAGUCUCCCAUCACAGUCCAUGUCCCAGCCAGCCUCAAUGUCUCAGUCCCAGUGUGAGGAGACUGUCAUCGGCAUCUACUUCUGUGGUGACCCCAUUCCUUACCGCCACACCAUACCAGGCACAGAUAUCACACUAGGCCAGUUCAAACAACUCAUCAGCAAAAAGGGCAAUUAUAGGUAUUAUUUUAAGAAGAACAGUGAUGAAUUUGGCUCUGGUGCUGUGUUUGAGGAAGUUGGGGAAGACAGUUUAGUGUUACCAUUAUGGGAAGGAAAGAUUGUAGCCAAAGUGGAACGUUUGGAUUAACCUGGGUGAUUCUUGGUGCUAGUGGAAUAGUGGCGUGAAUGAUUUGAUUGGAACUAAAUGGCUACUGAACUGAUCACAAAGACAUAGGGUCUAGCUGGUAAACUGAUGACUGUGUGGCUGUGUAGUGAUACCUC